AUCGAAUAACACAAAUGAUUUUACCUAUAAUAUUAUUAUAGGUAAUUAUCUAUAUACACGACAAUGUUCACGCCGAUAUAAGAAACGAUAUAAAUCAAACAAAAUAUAAUAUAACGAAUGCACGCUAAUGAUCGAAAUAUAGCCUAGCCUAUCAUUAUCAUCAACAAUAUACAUAUAUAUGUACAUAUUUUGAAAUAUAUAUACAUAUUGAACAUAUUAUAAGUAGAUGUGUAACGUGUAUGUUAUUGUUAUAUAUAUAUAUAUCACAAUAUGAGUGUCACGGAUCAAUGUAAUAAUUCUAACACAUGCAAACUCGUAUAUACGUGUUAAAAAAUACAACGUAGCUGUACUUUAUUAAUAUCAUAAUAUGUGCAUAUUAUAAAGUGUAACGCAUAUGCGGAAUAUCCAUAAUUUUUAGGGUGAUAUAUAUAUAUAUAGGAAUAUAUCGUAAAAUUAUAUCGAAGUUAAAACAAGUACAUCGGCCAAAACAUUUAUUUGAUAUUUUUCAAAAAGUACACCAUUCGUAUGGACAUUAUAUCGGAAAUAAAUGAAUAUAAAGCGAAAUUGAACGAAAAAGAAGGAGAAGAGGAAACGAUUAGAAGUAGAUAUGUAGAAACACGCUAUACAAGUAGGUUACAUAUUACGAUUAUACACAAUGGUUUUAAAACCGCCUUUUUUUUUUUUUUUUUUUUUUUUCUACUAUUCUUUAUUAAAGCAGAAUAUGACAAAGGACGGUACGGCAAUAAUAUGGACAAUUCACGCGGAAAUGGAAGAUUUUUACCAUCUGAAUGUUAAAUUUGAGAUACUCGAAAUGAAGUUGAUCGGGGAAUGGUUGAAAGUUAACAAGGAAUUCGUAUUUUGUUUCAACGACAAACUUCCGAUAGAUCCGACAGGAAAAAGAUCGCGUCGACAACGAUACUAUGGGAGAAAAAAAAUGUUUGCGUCGUUCAAUGAUUGAUCGGAACGUAAUGUUCUUUUGUCCGGAUGAAAAAAUUUUUUAAACGGUAAAAGAAAAAAAGAAAAAGAAAUAGAAAAAGAAAAAAAAAAAAAAAGAAGAAGAAAAGGAUGCAACUCGCGGAGCAAUUACUCGGCAGCGCGAUUCCAAUGCUGACCAACCUGGUCAUACUGUUGUACAUUUGUCAACGCUUUUUAGCGGCUACGAUGUUGCGACGCAGGAUCAUCGCUGAGAUGAGAGAAUUUUCCACGAUCGUCCGUCGGGCGCGCGACAACCUCCGCUACAUCGGCGAACGAGUGACCAAGGGAAUGGACGAGAUCAAGGAGGAUAUCGGAAAGGAACUUCGAGUCACCGAUCGGUUGACGACGCAGAGUUCAAAAUUGGAGAUGGUGUUACGACGAUUUGCGAGUCUCGAGGAGAACGUGAUCGAGAUGGUGCGAAUGGAUCGGAACCGAGAGAGCGUGAGGAUCGAGACACCGAUGGACGUGGGCACGGAGAUCGAGAGGAUCGUCGCUGCCGCCGAGAGAAGAAGCAUGGAGAAUCGGGAGGAUUCGCUGAUGUCGGAGGUGGACAGGAGAGAGGGAGCCCGGAACCCUGUGUCCAAAUUUUCCGCGUGCGGGCCUCGUGAAAAUAUAGGGAGAAAAGCUAUGUCGGAAGGUCGAGCUCGGAUAGUCACGACGCCAGAGGUUCGCCUUCUCGGCGAACCGCAGCCAAAAAAAUAA